AUGCCAACCGCCACGCACAACAUGUCUGCCACCAACGGCUUCACAGACUCUGCGAACGGUCCCGACCAUUUCGAGCGCCAGUUCGGCCACCUAUCAGACCCAGAAGCUGCCCGAGACUCCUAUCAGAGAAUCAUGCAUGAGCACACCAAACAACAAUUCCAGCAAGCUACCGAAUCAUCCCGGCGAAGGUCAUCCGGUCCCUCGGUUGCCUCGCUUCGAGGCGAGGAUUCUGUCGAUUCCGUGUCUUCAACAUGA